GCGCUGAGGCCAGUUGCCGGGUAACGGAGUGGAGCGGCUCCGCGCAGCCUCCCGCCCUCCGCGAGUGGCGCCGGGGCCGCCGCCGCUUUACGUAAGGCGCAGGCCAGGGCCGCCGGCGCUCGGAGCCGCUCGGAGCCCGAGAGGAGAGCAGAGGAGAGGAGGCGCCGCUCGGCAGGUUCUGCCGCAGACUCACAUUCGGCCUCCAUGGGGAAUUAGGAGAGCAGCCCACCUGCUUGUGUGCUGCCGGGAUGCUGCCGCCCUGGCUCUGCCUGCAGAGGGGAGUUCUGGGCUAGACGCUGAUGCCAGCAAGACCCAUGCUCACCCUCCAGGCCCCGCCUCUCUCCCCGCUCCCGGAGUGAAACCCCUCCUACACCAACAGCACGUCAGCCACGGAAAAUGCUUUGCAUCCUAAGGAAGCCUGCCACCUGAAUUCAUGCGCCCUGUCUGUGCAGUUGUGGAUGGUGUACCACCUGAAAGCUCCUCUGGCUCUGACCCAGGCCCCGUAUCUGUCUCUGAAAUGUCUCUGCUGCAUGCUCUGGGUCCAGUGCAGACCUGGCUGGGACAGGAGCUGGAGAAAUGUGGCAUCGAUGCCAUGAUCUACACGCGGUAUGUCCUCAGUCUCCUGCUGCAUGACAGCUAUGACUACGACCUGCAGGAACAGGAGAAUGACAUCUUCCUGGGCUGGGAAAAAGGAGCUUACAAGAAAUGGGGAAAGAGUAAGAAGAAGUGCUCAGAUCUCACUCUGGAAGAGAUGAAAAAACAGGCUGCUGUCCAGUGUCUUCGAUCUGCAUCUGAUGAAAGCUCUGGAAUCGAGACGUUAGUGGAGGAGCUCUGCUCCCGCCUAAAAGACCUGCAGAGCAAGCAAGAAGAGAAGAUUCACAAAAAGUUAGAAGGGUGUCCCUCUCCAGAGGCAGAAUUAUCCCCGACAGCAAAGGAUCAAGUGGAAAUGUACUACGAAGCAUUUCCCCCGCUUUCGGAGAAGCCAGUUUGCCUGCAAGAGAUCAUGACCGUGUGGAACAAGUCUAAAGUCUGCUCUUCCUCCAGCUCCUCGUCAUCGUCCACCGCGCCCCCAGCCAGCACAGACACGGCUUCCCCCAAGGACUGCAACAGUGAGGGCGAGGCCAGCAGGGACAGGGGCGAGGCAGUGCCCACCGCUGUACACGCACAAACCCUGAGCAGAAGUAAAAAUGAGAAGGAGAACAAAUUUGGGAACGGCACAAUUGAAGAGAAGCCUGCUUUGUACAAAAAACAAAUGCGACACAAACCCGAAGGCAAGGUCCGCCCUCGCUCCUGGUCCUCCGGCUCCAGUGAGGCAGGCUCCAGCUCGAGCGGGAAUCAGGGAGAACUAAAAGCAUCCAUGAAGUGCGUGAAAGUAAGACACAAGGCGCGAGACCUCCGAAACAGGAAAGGGCGGAAUGGGCAGAGCAGGCUCUCGCUGAAGCAUGGCGAGAGGGCCGAAAGGAUCACCCACGUGGGCGGCGGCGGCAGCAGCAGCAGUGGCGGCUCUGGCAGGCAGCUGUGCAGGCGAGCGAAGAGACCAUUGAAGGAGGUGGGCAGGAGGGACGCGGACGGCGCGGAGGGCAGAGACCUGCACCUGGACAGCAGAAACGACAAGGAAUACAAAGAAGAGCCACUGUGGUACACCGAACCGAUUGCAGAAUAUUUCGUUCCUUUGAGCAGGAAAAGUAAACUAGAGACCACGUACCGAAACCAACAGGAUGCGCGGGAUCCGACCGCAGAGGCGAUAGGAGAAUUGUCUGACUCAGUGCACGGUCUUUGUAUCAGCAACAGUAACAUUCAUAAAGCAUACCUCCCAGCGGGUACUUUCAUCGAUGGUCACUUUGUAGAAAUGCCUGCGGUUAUAAAUGAGGAGGUUGACCUCCCUGGGACCUCAUUCUGUUCUCUCCCGGAGGACAACAGCUACUUGGAUGAUAUUCAUCUGUCAGAGUUAACACACUUCUAUGAAGUGGACAUUGACCAAUCCAUGUUGGAUCCUGGUGCCUCAGAAACAAUGCAAGGAGAAAGUCGGAUUUUGAAUAUGAUUCGACAAAAAAGCAAAGAGAGAAGUGAUUUUGAGGCAGAAUGUUGCAUAGUGUUAGAUGGGAUGGAGUUGCAAGGGGAACGUGCAAUAUGGACAGAUUCCACCAGCUCCGCGGCCGCCGAGGGCCAGUUCCUGCAGGGCCUGGGCAACCUGGCGCAGUUCUGGGAGUGCUGCUCGUCCAGCUCCGGGGAUGCCGACGGCGAGAGCUUCGGGGGAGAGUCUCCGAUCAGGCUCUCUCCCAUCUUAGACAGCGCAGCCCUCGACCCGCAUCUGCUUGCCGGCAAUCAAGAGCUCUUCUCAGAUAUUAAUGAAGGAUCUGGUAUAAACUCUUGUUUUUCAGUGUUUGAAGUGCAAUGCAGUAAUUCUGUUCUACCAUUUUCUUUUGAAACACUCAACUUGGGGAAUGAAAAUACAGAUUCUAGUGUGAACACACUCGGGAAAACACAGUCCAGGUUGCUAAUAUGGACCAGAAAUAGUGCCUUUGAAGAAAAUGAACACUGUUCUAAUCUUUCCACAAGAACCUGUAGCCCAUGGUCCCAUUCAGAAGAAACACGUUCGGACAAUGAGACGUUAAGUCUCCAGUUGGAAGAAUCCACGCAGUUUAACGCAGAAGAUGUUAAUUAUGUGGUUCCUAGAGUCUCGUCAAAUUAUGUAGAUGAAGAACUUCUAGAUUUUUUGCAAGAUGAAACUUGCCAACAAAACAGUAGAACUUUAGGAGAAAUUCCCACGUUAGUUUUAAAAAAAAAAUCGAAACUAGAAUCUGUCUGUGGUAUUCAGCUCGAACAAAAACCAGAGAACAAAACCUUUGAACCUACGCACGUGCGUUGUGGGAGCAGCCCCGGUGGAGACGGCUACGGGCCAGGGGUCAUUAAAGACAUCUGGACACAGCUGGCGGAGAGGAACUCCGUGGCGCUGGUGGAAGUCGAAGGAGCUGCUGAUGAGCUGUUCUCGACAGACGUGAAUAACUAUUGCUGCUGUCUGGACGCUGAAGACGAGGGGGAGCCGCUCCGGGAGCCCAGCAAGGCCGUGCAGCGGUCGGAGUACCACCUGUGGGAGGGGCAGAAGGAAAACCUGGAGAAACGCGCCUUUGUUUCGGGCGAGCUGUCCAAGGUGGACGGUGGCGACUACACCACACCCUCCAAGCCUUGGGACGUGGCCCAGGAGAAGGAGAACGCCUUCAUUCUCGGGGGCGUGUACGGAGAACUGAAGACCUUCAGCAGCGACGGGGAGUGGGCGGUGGUGCCGCCCAGCCACGCGAAGGGAAGCCUGCUGCAGUGCGCGGCCUCCGACGUGGUGACCAUCGCCGGCACGGACGUCUUCAUGACGCCGGGGAACAGCUUCGCUCCCGGCCACCGGCAGCUGUGGAAGCCCCUCGUGGCGCUGGAGCAGAGCGACCCGCCGAGGACGGGGGAGGGCGGGUUAAAUAAGGGGUUUUCCUUUGUCUUCCAUGAAGACUUCCUGGGAGCUUGUGGCAACUUUCAAGUUGAAGAUCCUGGACUCGAGUAUUCGUUCUCUUCCUUCGACUUGAACAAUCCGUUUUCCCAAGUUCUUCACGUGGAGUGCUCCUUUGAGCCCGAAGGGAUUGCGUCUUUCAGCCCUGGUUUCAAGCCGAAGUCCAUCCUCUGCUCCGACUCCGACAGUGAUGUGUUCCACCCCAGGAUCUGCGGCGUCGACAGAACCCAGUACAGGGCCAUUCGGAUCUCGCCUAGGACUCACUUCCGCCCCAUUUCCGCAUCUGAACUGUCCCCUGGAGCGGGGAGCGAGUCCGAGUUUGAGUCUGAGAAAGACGAAGCCAGUCUCCCCGUUCCUCCUCAGGUUGAUGCGUUCGAAGAUCCACAGGCAGAUCUCAAGCCCCUGGAAGAAGAUGCGCAGAAAGAAGGCCAUUACUACGGGAAGUCGGAACUGGAGUCGGGGAAGUUCCUGCCCCGGCUGAAGAAGUCGGGGAUGGAGAAGAGCGCGCAGACGUCCCUGGAUGCGCAGGAGGAGCCGGCGGGGAAGCAGGCCCAGUGCCUGGAGUGCAGCGGGAGCGAGCCCCUGGGCACCGGAGUGGAAAGCUCAGAGGCAAAUUGUAAAAUAAUGGCCCCGUGUGAGGAAGACACUGAUCAUUUCUGCAGUUGCAAAGCAGGUUGUCAGUUCCCUGCCUAUGAAGAUAACCCGGUUCCUUCCGGACAGCUGGAGGAGUUCCCCGUGUUGAGCACUGAUGUACAAGGAAUAAACAGAAGUCAAGAGAAGCAGACCUGGUGGGAGAAAGCCCUGUACUCGCCCCUCUUCCCUGCGUCAGAGUGCGAAGUUUCUCCUUGGACCAAGAUGACUGAUGGAAACCUUUCCAGCUCUACAAAUGGCGUGGCCUUGAUGGGCAUCCUGGAUGGUCGGCCAGGAAACCACAUUCAGAACCUGCAACACUUGAAUCUCAAGGCGCCCAGAUCCCUCUCGCUGCCGGAGUAUGGGUCCAAGCUGAAACACGGGGCUCUAGACCAGCACAGCCUACAGUCCGUGGACUCGGGCAUCCCUACCCUAGAGAUCAGCAACCCAGAGCCCGUCCCCUGCAGCGUGGUCCAUGUGAAGAGGAAACAGUCUGAGUCGGAGAUAGUCCCUGAGCGGGCCUGCCAGAGCGCAUGCCCGCUGCCAUCCUACGCGCCACCAGCUCCCACCAGCGCCGAGCGGGAGCAGAGUGUGCGCAAGUCCUCCACGUUCCCCAGGACGGGCUAUGACUCUGUGAAGCUCUACAGCCCCACCUCCAAAGCCCUGAAUCGCAGUGAUGACGUCUCCGUCUGCAGCGUGUCCAGUCUCGGCACAGAGCUGUCCACCACCCUGUCCGUCAGUAAUGAGGACAUCCUGGACCUCAUGGUCACGAGCAGCUCCAGUGCCAUUGUGACCCUGGAGAAUGACGAUGACCUACAGUUUACUGACGUCACCUUGAGCUCCAUCAAGGAAACCCAUGACCUACAGCAGCAGGACUGUGUUGAUGAAAUUGCAGAGGGAAGUAAAUUGAAAAAAUUGGGACCAUUUAGUAACUUCUUUACAAGAAAGCCCCUGUCUGUGAGUGGGUUGUUUCCAGACCUCGCCCCUCUCCCGCAGUGUUCUGGCCUCACGGAAGGCCUAGAGCUCCGUGCGUGUGGAAGUGGCCUGGCCUCUGAAAGCUUCCCUGCUUCCCCACUCAGUGUGACGCUUGCUGGCGGGUGUCUUUUCACCAGGAACUUGCUUACUAGAAAACAAAAUGCAAGACUUGACAAACAAAAUGACUUGGGAUGGAAGUUAUUUGGAAAAAUGCCACUCCGAGAGAAUGCUCAGAAAGAGUCAAAGAAAGUACAAAAGGAAUAUGAAGACCAGGCUGGACGAGCUAGCAGGCCACCCUCCCCAAAGCAGAAUGUGAGGAAGAAUCUGGACUUCGAGCCGCUUUCCACCACCGCACUCAUCCUGGAGGACAGACCAGCAAAUCUCCCGGCGAAGCCAGCUGAAGAAGCUCAGAAGCACAGGCAGCAGUAUGAAGAAAUGGUGGUCCAGGCCAAAAAGCGAGAGCUGAAGGAAGCCCAGCGGAGGAAGAAGCAGCUGGAAGAAAGAUGCCGGCAGGAAGAAAGCAUCGGGAAUGCUGUCCUGACGUGGAAUAAUGAGAUUUUGCCGAACUGGGAAACCAUGUGGUGCUCUAGAAAAGUCCGGGACCUGUGGUGGCAGGGGAUCCCUCCCAGUGUGAGAGGCAAAGUCUGGAGCUUAGCCAUUGGCAACGAGUUAAACAUCACCCAUGAGCUCUUCCACAUCUGCCUCGCCCGAGCCAAGGAGAGGUGGCGGUGCUUCAGCGCGGGCGGCCCCGACGUGGACAGUGAAGAUGCCGGGUUCUCAGCAGCCGACAGAGAAGCCAGUCUGGAGCUGAUUAAACUGGACAUUUCUAGAACAUUCCCUAACCUCUGCAUUUUCCAGCAGGGCGGCCCGUAUCAUGACAUGUUGCACAGUGUGUUGGGCGCUUAUACUUGUUACCGACCGGAUGUGGGCUAUGUGCAGGGCAUGUCCUUCAUCGCCGCAGUGCUGAUCCUGAACUUAGACACUGCAGAUGCCUUCAUUGCGUUUUCUAAUCUUUUGAAUAAACCCUGUCAAAUGGCGUUUUUCCGAGUGGACCAUGGCCUUAUGUUGACUUAUUUUGCCGCAUUUGAGGUAUUCUUUGAAGAAAAUUUGCCGAAAUUAUUUACUCAUUUCAAGAAAAACAGCUUAACUCCAGACAUCUACCUAAUCGAUUGGAUCUUUACCUUGUACAGUAAGUCUCUGCCCCUCGACCUGGCCUGCCGCAUCUGGGACGUGUUCUGCCGAGAUGGGGAGGAGUUCCUGUUCCGCACGGCCCUGGGCAUCCUGAGGCUGUUCGAGGACAUCCUGACCAGGAUGGACUUCAUCCACGUCGCCCAGUUCCUCACCAGGCUGCCCGAGGACCUGCCUGCAGACGAGGUUUUUGCCUCCAUCGCUGCAGUUCAGAUGCAGAGUCGCAACAAGAAGUGGGCUCAGGUGCUGACGGCAUUGCAGAGGGACAGCCGGGAGAUGGAGAAAGGAAGCCCGUCGCUCAGACACUGAGGCGGCAGGCGGACUCGCGCUCGGCACCGGAGCAGAGCUGCCAGCGCACCCGUGCUGUUUGGGGCGGACACACUCGCAGCUGAGAACGGGGGCUCUUUUCCUGUUUGGUUCCUGGACCUGCAGUUGGCCUUAAAACAAACCAAACUUUUAAAGGAUUAAACCAAGGCUCAGCCUUAAGCUCAGUGGAAUGAUGACCUAGUAUUGACAUGGCAACCACUGCACACUGCAUGGUUUAAAAGUAGGGCGGCGACUCUCUCCCUCUUCAGCAAACAUAAUUAAAUUGCGCUGCUUCUAUGUCACUACCGCCAGGGCGUAGUCUUUCUUAGCCGAGGUGCAUGAGAAGGUGUUUGGGAGACCUCAGAGAUGUUACUGGCCCUUGGUUACCUAUUUUGAUAGGAAAGGGAUUGCUGAUUUAGUUACUGAGGUAAUCGCUCCAGAGACAGGUCCAGUUGUUAAAGCCCACCUACCAAAGAUGCAUUAAGGCGCACGAGCUCUCGUGGACGCCCUGGGACUCACCUGCCCUCGGAGUGACGUCUUACCAUGUUGCCUUGACAGUCACAGCGCCAGGGCCGACAUGCACGCGUAGGCCCAGCAGGAGCCCUGCGCUCCCAGAGGUCGCCCGGCCCCUGUGGGGCAAUGGAGGGAAGGGGAGCAGGAGGAGCUCUGCACACAGAAGGCCCCAGGCGGCAGAGACAACCCUGAAGCCGAUGGAAACAGAAUGGACACCGUCUCCCUUUAAGUCACAGCGUGUUAAGCCUGCCCUGCUCAUUAGUGUGCAGGCACGGACAGCACAGUGAGUGUGUGUGUGUGUCUGUGUGGCCCUGCUCUCUUGCUCUGACAGACUGCUCCUCUGUCCUUUGUCACCUGGACGGCAGCGGCAGCCCUGAGUGCCUGUUUCCUCCUCGCACAUUUGGCUUAAAGAUGGACUCUCCUGAGGACCGAGAAGCGAGCCGCGCAUAUCCAGUGGCCCAGAGAGUCUGUCACAUUUUCAGUGUCCUUACCGUCAACCCUCCCGUUCUAGCUGGUUCCCCAAGUUCAUGAGCACCUCUUUUGUUCUAGAUUUUCCUUGAUGAAUUUUGAGAACUUUGUAUUAGGGACUUUGGUUAUCCAACUUCAAUAAAUGAAUAGUUUUUGCACAAAGUA